GACACCAACAAUUCCGGGAAUUCAGAGGCAGGCGUGACGGGUGAGGGACAGAGGGGAAGCGAGAAGCUGCACCCAGGCCCUCUCAGCUCCCCUCCCAGACCACAGGGGUGACCAGCCUGGGGAGGUGAGGGGGACAGACCUGGAGGCUCCCCUCCCCGGGGAGGAAAGCAGCGGCAACCCAUCCCCCUGCUUCCACCCCCACACAUCCCCCGGUUGGUUCCAAAUCCACUUCCACCUCUGUUUAAGUCCAAAGUCCCUGGCACAGGAGAUGCCAGGUUCGGCACACUAGGGACACAGACAAGCAGCCACGCGUAAGCACAGGGCUCAGGGCCCUUGUAUGGACCCUCUCCCGCUGUCCGGGGCUGUCUGCACACCCCCGUUCUCCAGGCUUCAGCUUCCUUCUUAGCCUGGGAUCUGCACAGCAUUGAGGGAUCCAGGAGUCACCCUCGAGACCACCAGCAAGUAAAAGAGGAAGAAAGCCUUGACUCAGUCCGGGGUCCAGCCAGCCCCACCAUGACCAAGGAUUAUCAAGAUCUUCAGCACCUGGACAAUGAGGAGAAUGACCAUCAGAUCAGACGAGGGCCGCCUCCUCCCCGACCACUCUUCCAACGGCUCUGCUCCGGACCCCGCCUCCUCCUGCUCUCCCUGGGCCUCAGCCUCCUGCUGCUGGUGGUUGUCUGUGUGAUCGGAUCCCAGAACUCCACGCUGAAGGAGGAGCUGCGGGCCCUGAGAGAGACGUUCAGCAACUUCACCGAGAGCACAGAGGCCGAGGUCAAGGACCUGCGCAUCCAGGGAGGAGGUGUGGGCAGGAAGAUGAAGUCCUUGGAGUCCCAACUGGAGAAACAGCAGCAGGACCUGAGUCAAGGUGGGAGAGGGAGCCCGUGUGCCGGCCACGUGUGGAACACAGGGCGUCUCUCAGGCCGAACCAAGGGGUCUUUCUUUCUUUCUUCUUCUUCUUUUUUUAAAUUAAAUGUAUUUUUAUCGAUUAACUGGGUGGAGCAUGAAGGCAGCUGCUAUUGGUUCUCUCGAACGGCGAAGCCCUGGCCCGAGGCUGAGAAGUACUGCCAGCUGGAGAAUGGGCACCUGGUGGUGGUCGGCUCCUCGGAGGAGCAGAAAUUUGUCCAGCACCACAUGGGCCCUGUGAACACCUGGAUGGGCCUCACGGACCAAGACGGGCCCUGGAGAUGGAUAGACGGGUCCGACUACGAGAAGGGCUUCCAGAACUGGAGGCCAGAUCAGCCGGACGACUGGACCGGGCACGGGCUUGGGGGAGGCGAGGACUGUGCCCACCUCACAGACGAUGGCCGCUGGAAUGACGACGUCUGCCGGAGGCCCUACCGCUGGGUCUGUGAGACAGAGCUGGGCAGGCCCACCCAGGAGCCUCCGCUCCCCUAAUUUAUUUCCUCGAUGCCUUCACCUGUUGAAGGCUCCUCACUUUGGGAUCCUCCUACCUGGGGCCUCCUGCACAUUCUUGGGGCUUUUCAUCUGGGCUGUAGGGGAGGGGAGAGGAUGCUGGCCGAGGAAUGCAGAGGGUGUUCAGAAGGGCGGGGAGAUUGAGAGCUAUGCCACGCUCUACGGUUUGCAGGUUAUUGUCAACUUUUUUUUUUUUUUGAGUAAAAAGAGAAAUAUA